CAGCAGUACAAAAGCCUACAGAUCAUGCCCUCGCAGAUUUCUCAGAAUCUCUCAGUCAACAUGAACACUGGGGUGACAGGACCCGAAGCCGGUAGCGGCUCUGACAAGGCCGCUGUUCAGUUGGCCGAUGCCAAGGACAUAUCGCCUUACAAUGCCGAGAUUGACGCCGCUCUGAAGAUAUUCCAGGAGUGGAAGCUCCCUGGUCCCCCAGCAGCCAGUGCCAAAACAUUCCCUCUUCCCACCCUGGGACCUGUCCUCCGGGAUGCUGCCAAGGACCUCCACGACGGCCCGGGGUUCGUCCUCCUCCGUGGGUUUCCCGCGGAGAAGUACUCGAACGAGGACAUCAUGACCAUCUUCCUGGGAAUCGGCAGCCACAUUGGCUCCCAGCGUGGUUCUCAGAACAAAGCUCGUAACGUAAUCUCGCACAUCACGGAUGCCAAGGAGUGGCAGAAUGUGCCCGCAGAGAAGCGCCACGGAAUCCACACGAACUCUGCUCUGCCUUUCCACAACGACAUGGGAUGCGAGAUCCUCACUCUUCUCUACCGCCAGGUCGCUGCCUCCGGAGGUGCCACUUCGCUGGCCUCGGCCGCUGCCAUCUACAACGAUCUCCUGAAGCAGCCUGAGGUCCUCGAGACCCUGAAGAAAGCCGACUGGAGCGUCCAGCUCAGCUCAAAGCCUCCGCGUUUCCAGCCGAUGCCUCUUCUCGCUGAACACAACGGGCAUAUAAUCAUCUCUGCGGACCCGGGCCGCCUGGGCCUUCACCCCAAGACUGGCGAGAAGCCCUCGGAUACGGACAACAGGCUCACCGAGGCACAGACGCACGCCCUCGAGGUCCUGAACAGCCUCGCCGAGAAGCACGCCUUGUCCGUCCCGGCACAGGCCGGCGACAUCCUGCUCAUCAACAAUCUGGCCUUCCUCCACAAGCGGGAUUCCUACGUCGACGACGACGAGGCUGUCGCCAACGGCAAAGACGAGGGUACCACCAACGGCAAAACCGAGGUCACCGCCAACGGCGACGCGGCCACCAAGCGCCGCUGGCUCAUGCGCCUGUGGCUGCGCAACAAAGACCUGAGCUGGGGCGUCCCGGAGUCGAUGAAGACCCCGUGGGAGGCGGCCUAUGGAACGGAGUUUGGCCGCUUCAUCGAGGAGAAGUAUGACCCCACCCCGCAGCCGGAUUACAAGGUGCCCAGGUAUACAUCUGGGACUGCCGCCUGGCUCAUGGAGGACGACGAGGAGGCCUAGGCUGAUGGCGCCUGAACUGCAAUGCGACGCUUCAGAGCGUCGGAGGCAAUUUUUGACAUGAUGUGUCCGGAUCUUUGUGGGGCAUCCGGGCACCUUCAAUCGUUUUGUG